AUGUCGAUUCCUGUCUUCAAGCCAUUCAUGCACGAUGGUGACCGUUACCUGACUGCCACUGAUGCUUUCUGUGUGGCUACAUAUGGCCACCAAGUAAUCACAACUCCCAACAUGAAAUUAAUUCCCCAACCCUUCAACAACGAAUCCGACAUCAUUCAAGCGCGCACAGAUGUUUUUGCAAUCCCACGCCAGGAAGCCUAUGCGGACGACUCAAGCAUGAUGUACGCAUGGUUCAGACCAACUUUCGCAAGUGACUUCACGCCCAUUUCUCCCGGCAAUCUUUUUGGUCAACUCAAGACCGACAUUGUCGGCCACCUCAAGCGCUUGUACAAGAAGGCCAAUACUGCGGUUGGGUGGGCGCAUGCAAUGCGCGCUGUCUACGAGCGCUUCCAGCAAGCCAUGGCCUGGCACGACAUCGUCAUAAUCGUUGCUGAAUAUCAGCGCUGGUUUCUCGAUAUCUGGGCGGUUAUAGACUAUUACGAAAUUUAUCAAGCCUCACAUGCGAUUCGUCGACACUACGCACAAGAUGUCGCUAUCACUACGAAGGUGCACGCUGCUGGAGUUCCUGUCUGGCUUAUUCGCGAUGCCAGACUUGUCAAUGCCAACAUGAACAUCGUCAAAGUCGUUUCCUUCACACCACCUGAUGACCUCGUCAUCGGCAUGUAUCAUGAUCCUGUCAAACUCUUCGCCCAACCAUUCGACAUCAUCAACAGAGGUCCCAAUAAUCGCAAGCGUCAUGAGGCCGCUCGUCAGCCGUAUUCCAACUUUGAGAAGCUACCGGUUUCAACACCCCAAGUGGAACAGAUGGUAACGAGGGAGUCAUUGGUAGGAAGGGCGCGCGUAGACAAAGGGAAGGCCAAAAUGAGUGCCAAGCCUGCGCCGUACAAUGCAACCGCUCCGCGUCAGAAUAAAGCUGUAUCUGGCCGUGACAAGUGGUCUGAUAUAGAUCACCCUUAUAUGCCGCCAAUGAACUCUUUCUUCAAGAUAGCGUUGGAGGACGCAAACAAAGAUAUUAUUCGCAUCAAGCAUCCCAGAGACAAAAUGGAUGAUGGGUACUCGCUUCCCGAUCCAGGUUUAUUCGUUAACGUUCUUUCCCCGCAAUCCUUGGUGAAGUACCUUGCCAACUGGCUGGCAUGCCGCCCUACCUGGAUAGAACGUGUCUAUGACGAAAGGCCUCGACCUCUUCCUCGCGCCCAGAACUGGCGCGAUUUCUUGAUAUCUCAGCACGCUCAGGAACCUUCGAACACGCGGACGUCCGGCAAGACCAGCAAGUCGAAAGCAGCGACUGCUUUACUUUUCCAAAAGGAAGUUCCGGUACUGCGGGCCUUGUGGGCAGGACCCACAAAUGUUCACUGGCGUGGAAAGGAUAUAGCCAUUUCCACGCUCGACAAUCCCCCCGCAGAUCUCGCACGCCAAAUCGUAUAUGAAAUCUGUGAGCAAAGUUUUCGAUAUGAGCUUCUGGACCUGGAUGAGCAUCUUGGGCGCGAUGCACGUAAGGACAAGGAGGCGAGGAAGGAAAGGAUGGAGCUUCUUCGUAGCAUCUUCCCGUCGAAGUCGUUGAAAGUUUGGAACAGGGACUUACCUCAAGAGAACGACGGACUCAAUGCGCCAUCUUUCGACGCCGCUUUACCAUAUUUCGAAAGUUUCCGCAAGGUGUUGUCAGCGUGGGAGCACUUUCCCGAGUCCCUCAAACAACCUUUUGAUGCUACCGGACGUGAGCACAACAUAUGGAAGGGGAUGAAGGAAUGUUGUCUCUUUUACGUUCAGUCUUAUUUCGACAAUACUGGUCGUCCACCUGUCGUUCCUCACUUACUGUAUUCGGUCGCCUAG